GGAUUAUUUUCAUUGAAUAUAUUUUAAUAGAAUGAAUUUGUGAAAUGGAUCUAAUUCCUGUAGGAAAACAGACCUUUGAAAUAUGUCUGACUUAUUCAAUACAACACUAUUUUCAUUAAUUGAACUAUAUUUUAAGAAGAAUUAUGUGUUCUGUUAAUGUACCUUGUUGUGUGUAUUUGCAGACCUGGUUUCCACAGAGACCCUUACCUGCUGUGUCCCAGUCCAGGUCCUGAAAUGGAGAGUUGUGCCUCAGAAAUUAGUCACUCUGGAGAAUGUAAGGAAUGGGAACCAUCCUCAGAAAUGACUCUGAACAGAGUCCAACAGGAAAGAAGAGACUCACCUGAACCCAGCUGUGUGUCCAUGAAGAGUGACCGGUCAAUGGAACAACCUAUUCGUUUCCAACAGGGACAGGUUUCUACAGAUGGAAGAAAUCAGCUGAAGAGAUGUGACUCGGCGCAUCAACAGGUUGAUUUAUCAGCAGUUUUCAAGUCUCUUGAGGACAAAGCUGUGAAGUUCCUGAGAGAUGAGUUGAACAAGUUGAAGAGGAAUCUGAGUCAGGAUUACCCAGCAUGCCUUGAGCCCCAGGCUGACAAUGACCUGGACAGUGAAGCUGAGAUCCAGAAGAUGUGUGGCAGAGAGGGGGCUCUGAAGAUCACACUGUACAUCCUGAGGACCAUGAACCAGAAGGACCUCGCAGACACACUGGAGAAGAAUGAAUUUCUGAUGAAAUAUCAAUAUAAAUACAGAUGUAACCUGAAGAAGAAAUUCGAGUGUGUCUUUGAAGGGAAAGCAAAGCAAGGGAAUCCAGUCCUGCUCAAUAAGAUUUACACAGAGCUCUACAUCACUAAAGGUGGAACUGGAGGGAUCAAUGAUGAACAUGAAGUGAGACUUAUUGAAACAGCCACCAAGAGUCCAGGAGUACAAGACGCUGCGAUUCAAUGCAGUGACAUUUUUAAACCCUUACCUGGAGAAACGACACCUAUAAGAACCGUGCUGACAACGGGGGUUGCAGGCAUCGGAAAAACUGUGUCUGUGCACAAAUUUAUUCUUGACUGGGCAGAAGGAAAAGGAAAUCAAGAUAUUCAUUUAAUAUUUGCUUUUCCUUUCCGGGACCUAAACCUGAUGAAGGGUCAAGAUUACAGUCUGAUAGAACUCAUUCACCACUUUAUCCCAGAACUGAAAGAGCUUGGAUCAGCUGAGCUUGAAAGGUGUAAAAUCUUGUUCAUCUUCGAUGGUCUAGAUGAGAGUCGACUUCCUCUAGAUUUCAAGAACAAUCAGAGCUGGUUUGAUGUAACAAAGACAACAUCUUUGGAUGUGUUGCUAACCAACCUCAUUAAGGGGAAUCUGCUCCCCUCUGCUCUCAUCUGGGUAACCUCCAGACCAGCAGCAGCAGGUCAGAUCCCUCCUGAAUGUGUCCACCAGGUGACAGAGAUACGAGGGUUCAAUGAUCCUCAGAAGGAGGAGUACUUCAGGAAGAGGUUCAGCAAUCAGGACCUGGUCAAUAGGAUCAUCACACAUGUGAAGUCAACAAGGAGUCUCUACAUCAUGUGUCAUAUUCCUGUCUUCUGUUGGAUUUCAGCCAUUGUUCUUGAGAAGCUGUUUGGUAAUGAAAACAGUGGAGAAAUCCCCAAGACUCUGACUCAGAUGUACACACACUUCAUCAUCUUUCAGUCAAGUUUAAAGAAUGAGAAGUAUCAGAAGGAACGAGAAAAUGAGCUUUAUAACAUUUUAAAAUCAGACAGAGAAUUCCUUCUAAAACUGGGGGAACUGGCUUUUAGAAACCUUGAGACAGGAAACCUCAUAUUUUAUGAGGAAGAUCUCAAAGAGUGUGGCAUUGAUGUCAGUGAAGCUUCAGUGUACUCUGGAGUGUGUACAGAAAUCUUCAAAGAGGAAUGUGGGUUAUACCAAAGGAAGGUUUACUGCUUUGUGCAUCUGAGUGUUCAGGAGUAUCUUGCUGCUUUGUUUUCAGUAUUAAAAAGAAACAAGCAAUACAGUUUUAUUAAACAGAUUGCAGCUCAUACAGAAAACUGGUCUGACUUUUUGAACAAAUCAGUGGAUCAGGCCUUACAGAGCAAGAAUGGACACUUGGACCUUUACCUCCGCUUCCUUCUUGGCCUUUCAAUGGAUUCCAGUCAGAGUCUGUUAUAUGGGCUACUGACAGAGAGAAGAAUCAGAUCAUUUGAUACUGACAAGACAGUGCAGUACAUCAAGAAGAAGAUCAGAGAAAAUCUGUCUCCAGAGAGAACCAUCAAUCUGUUCCACUGUCUUAAUGAACUCAAUGACAAUUCUUUAGUGGAGGAAGUCCAAGGUUACCUGAGCUCAGGGAAUCUUUCAGUCAAACACCUCUCACCUGCACAGUGGUCAGCUCUGGCCUUUGUGUUACUGAUGUCAGACACAGAACUGGAUGUGUUUGACCUGAAGAAAUACAUCAGAUCAGAGGAAGGUCUUCUGAGGCUGCUGCCAGUGCUCAAGAUCUCCAAAACAGCACUGCUGAAACAAUGUAGACUGACAAUGAGAUGCUGUGGAGCUCUGUCCUCAGUUCUGACCUUAAACUCUUCACACCUGAGAGACUUAGACCUGAGUGACAAUGACCUGCAAGAUUUAGGAGUGAAGAUACUCUCUGCUGGACUGAGGAACAAACACUGUAACCUGAACACACUGAGACUGUCUAACUGUGGUAUCAGAGAGAGAGGCUGUGAUUCUCUGGCUUCAGCUCUACGUUCGAACCGCUGUUCACACUUGAGAGAACUGGAUCUGAGCUACAAUCACCCAGGAGACUCAGGAGUGAAGCUGCUGUCUGAUCUACUGGAGGAUCCACACUGUAGACUGGAGACAGUGCAGCUGAUCCAGUGUGGUCUGACAGAGAGAUGCUGUGAAGCUCUGACCUCUGUUCUCAUCUCAAACUCUUCACACCUGAGAGAGUUAGACCUGAGUGACAAUGACCUGCAGGAUUCAGGAGUGAAGAUACUCUCUGCUGGACUGAGGAACAAACACUGUAAACUGGACACACUGAGACUGUCUAACUGUGGUAUCAGAGAGAGAGGCUGUGAUUCUCUGGCUUCAGCUCUACGUUCGAACCCCUGUUCACACUUGAGAGAACUGGAUCUGAGCUAUAAUCACCCAGGAGACUCAGGAGUGAAGCUGCUGUCUGAUCUACUGGAGGAUCCACACUGUAGACUGGAGACAGUGCAGUAA